AUGUCCGCCUCUUCGACUAGUUCCUCCCCGGUGGGCCACGGCCACGGCUCGGGCCUGAGUAUCUUCCGCUGGCUGGAGGUCCUGGAGAAAGAGUUCGACAAGGCGUUCGUGGACGUGGACCUGCUGCUGGGGGAGAUUGACCCGGACCAGGUGGACAUCACGUACGAGGGCAGACAGAAGAUGACCACCCUGAGCUCCUGCUUCGCUCAGCUCUGCCACAAAACCCAGACUGUGUUCCAGCUCAACCACAAACUGGAGGCGCAGCUCGUGGACCUGCGCUCGGAGCUGACGGAUUCUAAAGCUGAGAAGGAGGCGAUGGAGCGUGAAGUGCACGACCAGCUCCUGCAGCUUCACUCCCUCCAGCUACAGCUGCACAACAAACAGGGCGACCCGGAGGAACCAGAGGCCCUCAAAGAGACGCUGGAGAAACAAACCGAGUCCAGGAAGAAGGAGCGCGUGAUGGAGGCCAAGCUGGACGCGGAGAUGCGGCUGUUCAAGAAGGAGAACGAGGCGCUGCGGAGGCACAUCGCGGUCCUCCAGGCGGAAGUCUACGGGGCCAGACUCGCAGCCAAGUACCUGGACAAGGAACUGGCCGGAAGGGUGCAGCAGAUUCAGCUUCUGGGUCGGGACAUGAAAGGCCCCGCCCACGACAAACUGUGGAACCAGCUGGAGGCAGAGAUCCACCUGCACCGGCACAAGACGGUGAUCCGGGCGUGUCGCGGCCGGAACGACCCCAACAAGCCCCUGCCCUCUCCCCUCGAACACGCUCCAGACAUGUUGAAGAAAACACAAGGGGUUGGUCCGAUACGAAAGGUGUCCCUGAUGAAGGAGGACCACGAAGGCCUGGGCAUCUCCAUCACUGGCGGAAAAGAACACGGGGUUCCCAUCCUCAUCUCAGAGAUCCACCAGAGCCAGCCGGCCGACCGCUGCGGCGGCCUGCACGUGGGAGACGCCAUUUUAGCCGUGAACAGUAUCAACCUGCGAGACGCCAAACACAAGGAGGCGGUGACCAUCCUCUCACAACAGCGGGGGCAGAUUGAGUUCGAGGUGGUGUACGUGGCUCCGGAGGUGGACAGCGAUGACGAGAACGUGGAGUACGAGGACGACAACGGCCAUCGAUACAGACUGUACCUGGACGAACUGGAGGAAGGGAACAGAGCUCAGCAAAGCAACAGUGCUGCUUCUCUGCAAGCCCUGGAGAAGAUGACCCUCCGGACCGAAGCGGAGAACGGCGACGGGGAAAGCAAGAGCCUCUCGAAGCCGUCGGACUCAGAAAGCUCCGGAUGGACCAGCCAAGCCAUCUCUCACUAA